AUGGCAGCUAAAAAAGGAAAACCUUCAAAGAAAGGUGGUAACAAUAAUUCAAAUAGAGAUGAAAUGGAACAAGACGACCGUUUGCAAGCUAUCGUUUUAACUGAUUCUUUUGAAACUAGGUUUAUGCCUUUGACUGCAUCAAAGCCUAGAUGUUUAUUACCUUUGGCAAAUAUUCCAUUGAUUGAAUACACUCUGGAAUCUUUAGCGAUGGCUGCUGUUAAAGAAGUUUAUUUAGUCUGUUCAGCUCAUGCUGACCAAAUUAUCGAAUACAUCGAAAACUCAAAAUGGAAUUUACCUUGGUCUCCAUUUAAAGUCACCACAAUUAUGUCGCCGGAGUCACGUUCAAUUGGUGAUGCAAUGAGAGAUAUUGACAAUAGAGGGAUUAUUACCGGAGACUUUAUUUUAAUAAGUGGUGAUUUAGUUACAAACAUUGAAUUUGAUAAAGUGUUAGAGUUCCAUAAGAAGGCUCACCAAAAUGAUAAGGAUCACAUUUUAACUAUGUGUUUAAGUAAAGCUACCGGUUAUUACAAAACAAGAUCUAUCCAACCAGCUACAUUCAUAUUGGAUAAAUCCAACAAUAAAUGUAUUUAUUAUGAAGAUAUCCCAUUAGCUCAUUCCAAAUCAAAAUCUGCCUUGUCUAUCGAUCCUGAAUUGUUGGAAGAUGUUGAGGAAUUCUCAUUGAGAAAUGAUUUAAUUGAUUGUAGAAUUGAUAUCUGUUCUCAACAGGUACCUCCAUUAUUCCAAGACAAUUUUGAUUACCAAUCUUUAAGAUCUGAUUUUGUCAAGGGUGUUAUCUCAAGUGAUUUGUUGAGAAAGGGUGUCUAUGCUUAUAUUACCGAUGAAUAUGCCGUUAGAGCUGAAAGUUGGCAUGCUUAUGAUGUCAUGUCUCAGGAUUUCUUAGGAAGAUGGGCCUACCCAAUUGUUUUAGAUGCAAACUUUUUAGAAGAUCAAACUUACUCAUAUGAAUCAUCUCAUAUUUAUAAAGAAAAAGAUGUUGUUUUAGCACAAUCAUGUAAAAUAGGUAAAUGUACCGCUAUUGGUUCAGGAACAAAAAUUGGUGAAGGCUCUUCCAUCGAAAAUUGUGUUAUUGGUAGAAAUUGUCAAAUUGGUGAAAAUAUAUCAAUUAGAAACAGUUAUAUUUGGGACAAUACCAACAUUGGCAAUAAUUCUAUUAUAAACCAUUCCAUUAUUGCAUCUGAUGUUAAUGUUGGAGCCAAUGUCUUAAUUAAUAAGGGUUGUGUCAUAGGCUUUAAUGUCACAAUCGAUGACAACAUGGUUGUACCAGAGUCGACAAAGUUAUCAUCCGUUCCAAUCAAAUCAGGAAAUAACGAUAUGUUCUCUCAAGGAUUAUCAGAAGAUAGUGAUAGUGAAGCAGCAGAAUCAGUUAUUGAUAAAUCUACCAAAUGUGAUGUUCUGGCUGUUGAUAUUGUAGGUGAAAAUGGUGUUGGUUAUGUAUAUGAAAGUGAUGUUUCUGAUGAUGAGGAGGACAGCAUCUCCGGAAACUUAAAGAAUGCUAACUCUUUGGUAAACCAGAUGGAGGAAUUAUAUUUAAGUGAUGAUUCUAUUGCUUCUGCGACUACUAAGACCAAGAAGAAGAGAACAAUGUCCUCCAAUAGUAUGUAUACCGACAAAGAUGAUACUGAGUUUGAAGAUGAUGAAGACUUUGAAGAGGAAGGUAUUGCGACUGUCGAAAGAGCUAUCGAAAAUAAUCAUGAUCUAGAUACUGCUAUGUUAGAAUUGAAUACUUUAAGAAUGAGUAUGAACGUAACUUAUCAUGAAGUUAGAACUGUUACUAUAAUGUCGAUGUUAAGAAGAGUGAAUCAUUUUAUCUUUACUCAAACAUUAGGUGCUAAGGAAGCUGUUGCUAAAGUAUUCAACCAAUGGGGUAUGCUAUUUAAAAGACAAUGUUUUGAAGACGAAGAUUUUAUUGAUCUGAUUAAUAUCAUUCUGGAUCAAGUUCUAAAAAUUGACUUCGAAAAACCUGAGUUAAUUUUAUUUGUAGCAUUGAAUUCUCUGUAUGACAAUGACAUUCUAGAAGAAGAAAACAUUUAUGAAUGGUGGAAGACUAUUUCUCAGGAAACUAAAUAUAGUUCUGUUACAAGCUUAACUGCCAAAUGGGUAGAAUGGUUACAAAAUGCCGACGAAGAAUCUUCAGAAGAAUCCUCAGAAGAAGAAUCUUAG